CAAGGGUUUAUCGAUCGGGGUGAUCGAUUCUGGUGAUCUUCUAAAAAUGCAUCACAUAAUGAUCCCAACGAGAGAGGGGACAUCAGAAAUCUUCGUGAAGUGAUGGGAAUAGUUCUAAUUUGCAAAGAAUCUUCGGGGGAAAAAAACCAAGAAAAGUGUGUCCCAAUGAAUAUAUAAUGUUGGCGAGUAUUUUGGAUUAAAAGACUGGUGAUCGGGCAUGGAUUCUCACUUGGGCUGGACAGUGUUAGUGGCCUGUUUUUGUCAACUGAGCUUUAAGGGUUGCUACGCAACGGUUUACUGCGAAGAUCAGAACGGUAUUAUUCAGUACAGUUGCGAGGAUACUGCCUACUGCUGUGGUAUUGACGAGUGCUGUCUGCUUGACAAUGGCUUCAAUAUACUCACGUUGUGGUACUUUUGGGCAUCCAUCGGCCUCGGUUUCAUCAUCUGCAUAAUGGUCAGCAGGAUGUUCUGCAAAUCCAAACGUCACAGUCACGUGCAGGACAUCAGCAGGCGGACCAAUCACGAUCAAGCAAAUGACGUGCCAAGACUACUACAGCCGCAGCUACAGACUCCGCUCCAGCCGCUGCCACGGCCGCAGCCGGUAUCACAGACGCAGCCACAGCAGGUGGUCGUCAUACCAGUCGUUUACAACCAGCCUCCUAUGAGGGUACCGCAAGAGGGCGUCUUCAACAUAUCCGGUUCCGUCCUCCCUAUGGUUCCCAUGGGAACGACCGCACAUCCCGGCAUGCAUCAGCAGCAAGGACGCCGCCGCGUCAUGAUGAUGCAUCCACGUCCCCCUCCGGGAGCAGAACAGCGGCAGGCUGGUGCGGGGGAGUUUGGGAGGCCUCUUGGGCCGGGAUAUCAACAGCCGCCGCCGGCGUACGCGCCAUUACCGCCCGGUUACGUGCCACCAAAUUGAUUUUUUGACACUAGAAAAACUGUUCUUGAGAAGACCGAUUUAACGUCUCUAAUCCUGUAAAAAAAAAAAAAAUGAGAGUUGUGUAUGUAAAAACUUGAAUUCGAAUUUAGACAAUUAUUUAAUUAUUUAUGAUGAUUGCUGUGGAGUUUACCAUUAUUAUACUUGGAUUAUUAUAGGGCAAGUUCGCACAAGCACUAUUGUUGACUAAAGUAACUCUGUUAGGCAACGGUGGUUGACGCUAGUCGACUAUUCGGAACCUA